CGUAUGUUGGCUCUGACAUGUUUCCUGCCAAUUUCACCCUGGCUGCUGUUCAAUUCCCUUCUCCAGGCCCGCACGGCGUGCUUCUUUGGUAAGAGGACAUAGCCUUUCGGCACGCACCAAGAAUAACUCUCGGUUGUACACUUGCAACAUCCACCACGUGCUUCUCAUACUCACCCUCCAAUCCACAGAGGCUCAGCCCUGCCCGGUCGGCUCCUGUAAACCGUACGCCAGCUCUAGGGACUGGUGACUUUAGCCUCCCUCGCCUCUUCUACUUUCCACCACCAACAAGUCGUCAUCUCUUUCCCAAACCUUUUUCAUUCAUUCUAGAGACCCAUGCCUCCCCCUCGGCAUCUGCUCAAACAAGCUUAAUCUUUCCAGAGGCUCAGAAGGGGGCGGAGGCUUUUCCAAGCAUUCUCUCCCACUCCACCGUGAAACGUUCUUACUUCCUUCUCUAUUCGUGUAUCUCUUAUAUCAUCUAUACAACUUCCUCACCAUGGCCCCAAAAAAGCGUUCUCAGACUCCACGACACUACGCUGACCACGACUCUCAAUCACUCUCCGAUCAGAGCCAUACUAGCGCCGCAGCUCGACCUCCCUCGUAUCCAGAUCCAACCGCCAAAGACCACCGUCGCAAAGUUAAACUCGACCCUCAUCCAUCCAACCUCAAUCAUAACAGUCAAUCGCCUUUACUCCCAGAGUCUCCUCCUUCUCUCGUUGACGGUGCUACUUCUGGUUCUCACUCUCGCCGCGAGAGCACAUCAACCAUGAGGACGUCGUCCAUUUCCCUUGACGGCGCUGCCGCUGGCUGUACACCUACUGGACGAGUCAGCAAAGCAAAGAAAGGGAAACGUGUUCAUGCUUGCGAUUUCCCUGGCUGUGGAAAGGUGUUUACACGAGCUGAACACAGAAGACGACAUGAGCUCAACCACAAUCCCGACGCCUUGUUUCCCUGCACUCGCCCUGGCUGUCGCAAAGCCUUCCACCGCGUCGACUUGCUUCAACGUCAUCAGGAACGACACGACCUAGAAAGCGCAGGAGAAGGCCCUUCUUCUCACAUGUCUCACAUUUCUCAGGUCCCCAUGUCCUCGGAGAUGUCUAGUGUCAUGUCUUCCUCGGUCACCAGUCCUUCAGUAGAUAGAAGUGCGCCCAGGUCAUCUGGGGGUCUUUCCAUCGGCUCUCUGGUACACCCACAGUCAGACUACCGAUUCAUGGCCACUCCAGCCUUCAGCAACCACCCGCGAUCUCUCGGCCACUUUGUCUCGGGCUUUCCGUCUUCAGAUGAGUCAGGCAUUUUCUAUACUCCGGAGAGCAGCCAGUCUCCGGUUUCCGACAACUAUGGCAGAUACCCCCAUCGCCAGAGCAUUUCAUCUUCUUCCUCUGUCAUUGCAUUUGAUCCUAGCGGCGCCUCUCCUUUGAUUAGCGGGACCAUCCCAGGUACAUGGGUUCCUUCUUCUGCCCCUCCCAGCAUGCUUCCAUCCAGCAUUCCCGAGGAUGGUUCCUAUAUUCCUGUAUGCGCUCCUUUUCUUUGGUCUGGUAUAUGUACUGAAGCUGAUCAGUCACCUGCAGACUCUUCCAUACCAAUACCCCUCUCCGACCUGGAUGGAUACGAAUACUCUGUCAUUCGAAGAGAACUAUCAAAUGCCCCUGGAAUACUGUUCGGAAGCUCCACAGUCGGUAUAUCUGACGCUAUAAGGUGGGAGUGUUUGGACCUUUAUUGGCAACACUUUCACCCUCACUGUCCAAUAGUCCACAGACCUACCUUCCUCCCUACCAAACCUAGUCCACUGCUCGCCAGUGCAAUGGCGGCCAUUGGAUCGCAAUACGACACUCGGUCUGACGCAAAGCAUUACUCUCUGACCCUCCUUGAAAUCGCCACCAGAUUACUCCGCCGAAGAGACAACAUCACCAGCAGAUCGAGAUUGGCCGAUUUACAGACAGUCUUCCUUCUCGAGGUUCUGAGCAAGUACUGCGCCCGACGGACCGAAGUCGACAUGUCGGCAAGAUUUCGUUCAUUGUUCGCCAGCUUGGAUCAAGCCAGGAGAUCCUUGGCCACUGACCCCUUGGCGGUAUUCCGAACCCUUCGUCCAGAUCACUCUCCCGAUGAUCUUGCGCGCGCUCACAAAUUCUGGCUCGAACACGAAACACGCCGGCGGAUCCUUCAAGCAUCGAUGGUUCUCGAUCUUCAGCAAGUGACUUUGUUCGAACAACCUCCCACUAUCAUCCACCACGGACGGUCUCGCAAGUCCGGCCCAGCACUGCGAACGUCCAUUUCUCUUCCUUGCAGUGAAGACCUAUGGGAGACCUCUCCAAUUGGAUCGUGGUCCAAGAUGGCAGCCGAAACUGAUGUUAUCAAAUCAAGGGUCACGCGAAACGAAAAUUCGGCCCAUGAAGCCCCGCUGGAUUUCUUUCAGCUGCAAGUGAGCCUAGCAAACGCCCAGGAUACUUCGUUGGAUACAUUUCUGGUGGCCAAGAAUCAGAACGACAAUCUGGCUUCGUGCCUGGCUUUCAAUCACCAUGCUCGAGAAAUGGCAAGAAACACACCUGUGCGUCAAUUGCUUAUUGUGAGUGGAGAGUCAUGGGUUCUUGGGAGAAAGCUCGAGGACGAAGCCGAAUUCCAGGAUGCAAAGCGCAAUCUUCGAGUCUGGAUCGAUUCGGACACCGAGUGUAAGACUGCGCUUUGGCACGCGGUGCGACUACUCCGAAGUCGAGUCAUGUUUACUCCAGCAGACGCCAACAACAUUGGACUGCAUGCAUCGUUUGUGGACACCCAUAUGUUGCACGAGCCUUGGGUUUUGUAUUUGGCUGGGCUUGUUUGCUGGGCACACGGAUCGAGCAGCUCCCGAGCGUUGGAUAGCGGUGGCCAGGUAUCUGGUGCGCCGUCCAGUGCAAGUACUUCGCUGUCGAACCCGUCACGCCCAUCAAGCCACUCAUCUCUCCACCCGCCACUGCUAGAUUCACACGAUGCCGCCUAUUCGAUGCGGCAAUAUUUGGACGUGAUGGUGGUGGAUCAUGUGGAAAGUCUGAAAGAGAUUGAUCCACAGAGUUUUGGACUGACACACGGAUUGUUGGAAAUACUCCGGAUAGAAAAGCUCGGGAAAUUUCUGGGUGGGCUUAUGAAUGACGGGGAAAGAGUUCUGUAUCGACUCGUGGAGGGACGCAGUCGAUUGACGCAUUUUUAAAGGAUUGGUUUGGAUUUUGGUUUGGUUUGGUUUGGUUUGGGUGGUCACAUGUGUUCCGACUACCUUGAUGCAUUUUACGAGGCUAUGAUGAUUUGUUUUGCGGAUAUACCACAACAUUAUGAUUUUGGGGAACAGGUUUGGAAAAGACGUAUCGCGACGGAGCUCAGGUCUUGAACCGAACAAAAAACCCAUGGCGACGGAGUUUGGGGUCGUACCGCGACCCGAGUAUAGCAUACAUGCUCCUGAGAGGAGCUUGAAGGCGCAGAAGAUGGAUUGAACAAUUCAUGAAUUCGAUUGAACAUUGC